AUGAGUGAACUUUUCGGGGACAUGUUUGCUCAAGAUCAAGAGCUGUUGUUGCAACAAGGAUCAUCUUCAUCAUCGAAUGGAGGAACAAGCAAGGAAGGAAGAAAUUAUCAUCAACUCUUAUCAUCCAUAGACAAUUUGAAAAGACAAGCCUCUAAUUUUGUCGGACUUCGGAAUCAAGCCUCCACAUGCUAUCUGAACUCCUUAAUUCAGACUUUGUACAUGAUUCCCCAAAUGAGAGCCAGUUUCUUAAAUCUGGAUCUCGCAAAAUAUUAUGAAAGAUCAUCAGGCUCAUCUUCGUCAAAAAAACCAUCAGUGGACGAGUAUGAAGAUGUAGAAAUUGAUUUUUCGACUUUUCCUUUUUAUUUUCAGUUAUUGGAUAUGGGAUUUGAAGCAACACUGAUCAACAAGGCUUUUCAUAAAUUUGUUGAGCCUUCCGAUACAUCAGAUACCGAAGUCAAUAGUCGAGCUCAAGAAAGUAUGAUUCUGUGGCUAUUCGAAGAACAAGAACGUCAACAGUCCUUAGUAUAUUCUGAUAAUUCCUCUCUAGUAACAUUUGACAACAGUGAUGGAAUCGUGAUGGGGUCUUUGUUUGAUAACAACAUUCCAGUCGUUGAUGAAAGUGUCACAUCUCAGAUUUCAACAAGUUCUAAAAAAACGAUCAAGAAGAAAAAGGCCAAGAAACAAAAACAGCCAAACUUGCUAUUUGUCAUGCAGAAAUUGUUUUCAUACAUGGCAAAAAUUGAAAAGCCAUCGAUCGAAACAGUAGAGUUGACAGAUGCAUUUGGUUGGAAAUCGAGACAUGUCUCCAUGCAACAUGACAUCCAAGAGCUCAGCAGAGUUUUCUUUCAAGCAUUAGAGACAAAACUUUCAAAGAUGAAAAUUGACAACUUUAUUAAGAAUACAUGUGCAGGAAAGAUUGUCAACAAAAUCGUAUGCCAAGCGUGUGGAAAUAUAAGCUGUAUUGAGGAAGACUUUUAUGACUUGACAGUAACUGUUGAGAAUAGCUUAAAAGAAAGCUUGGAAAAAUAUACAGAAGUUGAAAGAUUUGAAGGAAAUAACAAAUAUCAUUGCUCAAAUUGUCAGAAAUGCGUUGAUUUGGCUUUAAGGAGCACUACCAUUCGACAACUACCGCCUAUAUUAUUUUUCAGUCUUACUCGAUUUUCAUAUGACUGGAAUACUGAAUCAAGAAUUAAGGUGAAGAAAGAAAUGACUUUUGAAGCAACCUUGGACAUGACUCCAUUUACAGAAAAUCCCUCAACUUACAACAGAGAAGAGUAUGAACUUGUCUCUGUGAUUAUCCAUUCGGGAAGUCCUUAUGCAGGCCACUACUAUUGUUUUGCAAGAGAUUUUUUAGGUGAAGGAAAGACCACAAUUGAAAAUGAAGAAUCAAGAAAGAAUGAAAAGCAAAACAAGAAGAAAUCGUCACGCUUUGAAGUUAGUGACGAUCAACAUUGGUUUGAGUUUAAUGAUGAAAGAGUUUAUCAAAUUGACCCCAAAGAAGAAAUUCCAAAAUAUUUUGGUGGAAAGGGAGCAUCUGCUUACAUGCUGGUCUACAAGAAGAAGUCUCUCACUGAAACUUUCAUUAAUUUUUCUUUACCUUCAUAUUUUGAACAAGAAAUUGAAAAAGAAAAUGAGCACAUUCAAAUUUUACGAGAAUAUCAAACACAACAACAUGACAUGAGUCGACAAGCCAAUACGGAAAAACAAAACACUGGCUCCGCUCUCGUUUAUUUACCAAGAUUUUUCUCUGUUGAUAACUCAUCUCUGGUUGCCUCCAACUUUGAUGAAAUUGGUAAAUUGUACAGAACUUUUUCUUUCCAUUAUGACACAUCAGUGAAUGAGUUUUACCAAUUAGUCAAGGAAAAAUUCGCAGACUCGUUUGACAACGUUACUCUGUAUAUUAUGGAAAAGGAUGGAAAUAAGUAUACGGUUGGAUCUGAACUUCCAAGGCACGCUGAUGAUGAUGAAAUAUUGAUUAGACAAUACUGCAAGCAAGAUACAAAAUACUUGUAUAUAUUAGUGGACUCUUUUGCAACACCAACCGCUGCUGAUACUAGAUUUCAGAUCCAAAAUCCUACUUCCUCGACUGAAAUUACACUUUAUGAAACAUUUUGUGACACCAAGAUUGUAAGAUUAGAUUUUACCGUCUCCUCAACAUUGAGAGAAUUAAUUGAACAAGCAAAACAGCGCUUUUCAUGUGAAAUUCCUUUGCGAGUUUUUUUCAACUACUCCAAUGGUAAACCAAAGCGUGUAAGCAAUCUUGAUACCAAAAUGCUUUAUCACCUGAACGGAUUCACAUCUAUUAGUCUUGAAUAUGAGUCAAAUGAUGUAUCCUAUGUUGAAAUGUUGUAUGAAGAGGCCCAAGAGCUUGCACAGGUCACAAAAAAUCAAAAUAUCGACUCUUCCAACAAAUCAGACGAGGAUCGUGGGGAUUUAGUAAUUGUGAAAUUUGCUGAUCGAGAGAAAUUAAUUCAUAUCGAUCUGUCAAGUACCUUGUUUGCGCUCAAGAAAAAGAUUCUUCACGAAAUGUUCUCUAGCAAAUCCAAAAUUUUCGACAAAUUGAGCUCUGAAGGGGAUGCUUGGAUUAGAAAAUGUGUUCUUGUUAGAAAGCAAAAAAAGAGCUUUUUUGAAGAAAAUAAUAAUGACUCUCCUUUAACCAAGCUGGAUAUUGGUGACGGCGAUAGAUUAGACGUUGUCAUUCACCUCCAAUCUGAAAAGGAUGUGGAGAUUCAAUUUAUUGAGAUUGUACCACAAGACCCAAUCUAUGAAGAACAAACAAAUGAAAAAAUCGCCUUCGAUACUCGUAAUUCCUUUGUGAUGAAAUUAGAGCAAGAUAUUACCCUGAAGCAAUGUAAAACAAAAUUAAGCCAACGAUUUAAGAAGGACAACUGGGAAUACGAUAACAUUCACAAUUUCAGAUUCAGAACAAGUCAAAAUGGACAUUCAGGCCAAGUGGUCAAAGAUGAAGAAACUCUUUUGUCCACUCUUCUUAUUGAGCAAAAUGAUAAUGUUUUAUUUGUAGAAUUAGGAAGAGCUCCUCUUAUUGGACAAGUCAAAGUAUUGGUGAAUUUAGUGAAAGAUUUUCCUCCAAAAACUUCUUCAGACAAGAUCUUAAAUGAAAAUGAGGAAUAUCUUGAGUAUUGUGCGACAUUAACUGUUUCUGAAAACUGUACUCUAGCUUUUGUUAAACAAUGUUUAUUGAAACGAGUGAAUGUCUUUAAAAACAUUUCAAACAUUUCACAACUACAAAUUAGAGAUUGUUCUUUCUCGGGAGGUUUCAAACGAAUGACCAAAGUUUAUACUGACACUUUCCAUUUGAACAAGACAUUGGAAAAGCUUCGAUGGAAAGACACCAAAGUCAUUGCUGUUAAAAUUCUCAAUGAAUCUGAGAUUCGAAAAAAUCAGGAAGAGCAAAUUCAACAACAACCACUCGAUCUACCAUCUCAAACCUCCAAAAAACGUGCCAAGACAAAAGGCAAGAAGAAAAUUAUUCCUCCUCCAGUUCAUGUCAUAGUUAGAACGAGAGAAAAAUCUUCAACAGGAUCACAAUUUUUAUAUUCACCUGCUAAAGAGCUUGUCAUUGAUGCUCAAACCAUUAGCGAGUGGGACCAUUUGGAUUCUUUCAAAAAAGGAAUAUUAGAAAUGGCUGAAUUGAAUUUUAAUGAAAACGACAUGAUCAUUUCCAAAUAUAGUUUCAAUGAUACAAGAAUCAUUAGGAUUGAAUUGGAUGAAGCAAGUCAUGAAACAAAAGAACCAACACAACCAUCCACAACUAGUGGAGAAACUUCUGCAUCACCUAAAGACACCGUCACAAACAAAGAAAUCCAUCUCAUGAAGAGAAUCAAUAUCAGCGAUGGAGAUGUAUUGAUUGUGAGUUUGAAGAGUGACUUGGCGAAGGAUGAAAUGAUGAAAAAUUUCUCGACCUCUCUCAAAGAUUUUGAAAAGAGUUCUUCUGGCAGGAGUGGAAGUGAAGAUGACUUUUUUGGUGUUGCUCUGAGUAAAGGAUCUCGUGUGAAAGAGGAAGCAUUACAAAUAUUCCUAGAUGAUAGUGAUGAGGAGGAAGAUGAUGAUCAUUGA